CCGGAAGAAAGAUGGCGGCGGCCUGAGCCGAGUUCUGCAUACAACUUCGCGGGCGCCCAGCUGCGCUCCCCAGACCCGGCGCUUCAGAAAGCCGGCUGCUGGGAUCAACCCUAGGACUUGAGCAUCCCAGGAGUUCCAAUGGUCUGGCUGGUGGCAAUGACGCCCAGGCAGAGUUCUCUCUGUCGUCUAGCUGCUCAUGGCCUCUGGUUCUUGGGCCUUGUCCUUCUGAUGGAUGCAACUGCUAGACCUGCCAACCACUCACUUACUCGGGAAAGAGCAGCCAACAAGGAGGAAAAUGAGAUCAUACCCCCAGACCACUUGAAUGGGGUAAAGCUGGAAAUGGAUGGACAUCUCAACAAGGACUUUCAUCAGGAGGUUUUCCUGGGAAAGGACAUGGAUGGGUUUGAUGAGGACUCAGAGCCACGGAGAAGCCGGAGGAAGUUGAUGGUCAUCUUUUCCAAGGUAGAUGUGAACACUGACCAGAGGAUCAGCGCUAAGGAGAUGCAGCACUGGAUUAUGGAGAAAACAGCAGAGCACUUCCAGGAGGCUGUCAAGGAAAACAAACUACACUUCAGGGCUGUGGACCCUGAUGGUGAUGGCCAUGUGUCCUGGGAUGAAUAUAAAGUGAAGUUUUUGGCAAGCAAAGGCCACAAUGAAAGGGAGAUUGCUGAUGCCAUCAAGAACCAUGAGGAGCUCAAAGUGGAUGAGGAGACGCAGGAAGUCCUUGGGAACCUCAGAGAUCGCUGGUAUCAGGCAGACAAUCCUCCUGCAGACCUGCUGCUGACUGAGGACGAGUUCCUUUCAUUCCUUCACCCUGAGCACAGCCGGGGCAUGCUCAAGUUCAUGGUCAAGGAGAUCGUUCGGGACUUGGACCAGGAUGGCGAUAAGCAGCUGUCUCUGCCUGAGUUCAUCUCCCUGCCCGUGGGUACUGUUGAGAACCAGCAAGGCCAAGACAUUGAUGACAACUGGGUGAAAGACAGGAAGAAAGAGUUUGAGGAACUGAUUGACUCUAACCAUGAUGGAAUUGUGACUAUGGAGGAGCUAGAGAACUACAUGGACCCCAUGAAUGAAUACAAUGCUCUCAAUGAAGCCAAACAGAUGAUUGCCAUUGCUGAUGAGAACCAGAACCACCACCUGGAGCCUGAGGAAAUCCUCAAGUACAGUGAGUUCUUCACAGGCAGCAAGCUGAUGGACUAUGCCCGCAAUGUGCAUGAAGAGUUCUGAGCAUGCCCCUCAACUGGGGCCAGGUCACCAGUAUACUGACCCUCCCCACAAUUUGAGGAGGCUAUGGUCUAGUGAGAUCUGUGGAUGACUGGGUCCAGAUUGGGUCUAAAAUGCUAUCUACCCUGUGUCUGGGGGCUACCAUAGGCCCCUAAAAGUGCUGUUCCAGAACUUUUCUUCUUCUGUUGUAUCCAUAUGCUCUGGCUUAGCUCCUGCCAUGGCAUGGCCCAGGUUUAUUAAAGAUAUGCUUAAUAGGC